AAAUGUAAAUUAUUGACUGUGCUUCGGCGGCUUUAAGUUAAUUUAUAAAUAUUGCUGUCACUAGUUUGUUUUGAGUCAAACGGCAUCCAUGUUCGUGAAAACUUUCUUUCAGAAGUUGACGAAUUUAUUUUACUUGUGCAGAAAGGAUUGGAAAAAUUAGCUGUAUUGUUGAUCACCUAAAAUUAUUGACUGUACUACCUUGCAAACAUCUCGUGGUGUAAAACUGAUCUGGACGAUUUCUCUUAAUCCAGAUUGCAAACUUGUUGGUGGUUUGAAACUGACCGGAACAAUCUCUGUUAUUAAGUCUUAUUAUACAGCGAAUUUCGGUGAAAAAUGUUUACGCCGGGUGAACAGAGGAAAGCUUAUCUCAGAUACAAAAAUAGCGAGGACUGCAGUUUUAAUAACGCUAGAUUUGAUUCUCCCUCAACACCACUGACAUCCAUCGAUCCGGAAGACACUGAAGAUGAAGAACAAAACGGGAAUAAUAAUACAAAUCCCGAAGCUGAUCAACUAAAACUUGCAGCAAUUUACGAUGACGAAGUUAAGAUCAAAGAUAUAUUGAGUGCCUGCACCGGGGAGGAAAUUCAAAGGUUACUCUCUGAACCUGACGAAACUGGACAGCCAUGUAUAUUUCAUGCCUUGGAAUCACGGACACGAAAUUCUCUUACUUGCUUGUUGAAUCACGUAAAAGGCACCAAAUCUGUGGUUGCUGAGAAUGGAGAGACCGUACUUCAUGUAGCCACGAGGAUGGGUAACGUAGAUAUUCUUCGUCAUUUGUUGCAAUAUGACUUCAUUGUUGAUCUCGUGAACCAUGUUGAAAGCAUCAAUGGCCGCUCGCCACUUCAUUUUGCAGCGAUGUUCAAUCAUGUGGAGAUCGCCAAGGUCUUGCUGGAACACGGUGGAAAUAUAACGAGAGUUGAUAUUACAGAAAGAUCCCCAUUGUAUAUCGCCGCUUAUAGAGGACAUGCUGAAAUGCUUGAGCUGUUUCUAGAAAAUGACAAAAGCGCAGUAAAAGAGUUGUUGUUUGGCGAGAAGUAUGGUGGAAGUCAUUACCGUAAUAUACUUCAUGUUGCUCUGGACAGUGGUAAUGAGCGUACAGUACAAGUUUGUCUGCAGCAAGAUGGAGGUAUCAUACUCCCUUGUUUGCGAGAUGAAAUCAAUUCCAACAGUUAUUUGAUUCAUGCCGCUUGUAAUAAUGGCAUGGAUAAGGUUUUGUCACUAUUUGUGGACAUGAUGGAAGAUUUGGUUGUACAACAAAUGAUGGUAAAAGAUAAAGAGGGAUUUACUCCAUUACAACUAGCUGCGAUCAAUAAUCACAGCGGUGUUGUGAGGUACAUAGGAUCACUGUCCAAAGGUUUUCUCAAUGAAAUAACGAAAACCUCUUUGUCUGCUUUGGUCCUAGCAGUAGAUAAAGGUCACAUUGAAGUCGUUGAAGAAUUAUUAAAACUGAAAGCUGAUUUCACUAUUCGCGAUGACAGCAAUAGAACCGUUCUUCACAACGCAACUGCUCAUCCUGAAAUAUUGAGGAUUUUGUUGAAGAAAAAUGAUCUUAUGCUUUCGUUGAUAAAUGAAAAAAGAGCAGACGACGGUUAUACUCCCAUUCACGAUGCAGCUUAUAAAGGUCUUAUUGAGAGUGUGAAAAUUUUGCUGGAGCAUGGUGCAGAUCUAAACGUUUUCUCCAAAACUUAUCAGUCACCAUUGCAUUGUGCUGUGAUUUCCCAAAAGCCCGAUGUGGUGCAAUUGAUACUUUGCCAUGAACCUGGUUUGAUUAACAAGGUCAAUGACAAAAAACAAGCUCCGAUUCAUACAGCAGCGAAACAUUGUAACCCAGACGUCGUCAACUGUCUUCUUAAUAGUGGGGCAACCGUACUGGGUGACUCGAAAAUAUCCACUCCCCUGCAUAUUGCAGCGCAAUAUGGACAUCUAAAUAUCAUCAAAUUAUUGCUGGAGCAUAAAUCUUCUAUGAUCGACCUUAAGAAUACAGAUCAACGGACAGCAUUACUUGAAGCUGCUUGUAAUGGAAAGGCAGAUGUGGUGAAAUAUUUACUGGACAACAAAGCAGCCAUUACCAAAGAUCGAGAAUUUUUUAAUUGCUUGGAUUGGACCAUUAUAAAAGGCGAUAACGAUAGCGCUAUGGUGAUGAUGUGUCAUGAAAGAUGGAAAGAGAUAAUGAACGAAACAAAAAACGGUCCCGAAGGAACGAUGGCAAAGCUGGUCUCCAAAAACAUGUCUGAAGUGGCUUAUCAAGCUCUUUGUAACAGCAGAAAAUCCACAGGUCACCCAGAAAGUGUCGAUUAUAAAGUUGAAUACGAUUUUAUGUGUUUACAAAAUGAUGCCUUAGAAACAAGAAAAGCAGCUAAGAAACUUAAACCGAUGACCGCCAUCAAAGCGAUGCUACGUCAUAAAAGCUACAAAUGUUUACGUCAUCCUGUCUGUUGCAAAUACCUUAAAACAAAAUGGAUGGAGUUCGGGUGGAAAAUGUAUUCAGCCGGAUUAACUCUUUUUCUUUUUUUUCUUGUUUCUCUUAACGUGUAUGCUUUUGGUAUUCCUUCAUACAAAGCGACGAUUAUUCCAAAUAAUUCAACGAAGUCUUAUGAAAUACCACAUGCAUCGAUCAAUGUUAAGGUUGCGACUGUGUUCUGUCUUCUAUCUGCUAGCAUUCAAAUUUUGAUUGAAAUAGGUCAGAUUUUGCUACGCAGGACGAAUUAUUUUCUGGACGAUGUCAACGUUUUAGAAUGGGUCCUUUACGUAUCAACAUUCAUCUUUGCUGUACCAAGUAACGACAAUAUCUCUGUAAAGACAAGUUUUCAAUGGAAAGCCUGUUCUAUAGCCUUGUUUUGUGUUUGGAUAAAUCUUGUUAUUUACCUAAGAAGGUUUGCCUCCUAUGGAAUCAUUAUUCUGAUGAUGAAAAAAAUCUUUUUCACAUUAAUCAAGGUCUUGGGACUUUUGAUUUUUUUCAUCGUCGCGUUUGGAGCAGCUUUUACUGUGAUAAUGAAUGACAGAGAGGAGUUUCGGAGGUUUAGCGUGUCCAUCUUAACUACAGCAACAAUGACGAUGGGAGAGUUUAAUUUUAAAGAAAGAUUUCUCGGUGAUCGAAAUGAGUACAACACAUUUUACCCGCUGCAGAUGACACUUCUUAUUAUUUUCAUUGUCCUCAUGGCUAUCAUUAUCAUCAACCUUAUGCUCGCCCUUUCUAUUGAUGAUACUAGUAGCAUCAUGCAACGCGCAAAGCUGCAGAAACACAUUCAGACGGCUAAAAUGAUUAUUGAUAUGGAAAGGAAGAGGUACACGUUUUUUACGAGAAGAAGAGUAUCGUUCGUCGAUCCUUUGGACGAAUGGCCCAACCGGAAAGAUAGCUUCUCUCGUAAGCUUUGGGGAAUCAUAUUUUAUGGUCCCGAUUUUUCCACUGAUCAAGUUGACGAAAACUCGGAACAAAUGAGAAAAGAAGACGACACGUUGGUCUUGAUUGAAAUGGUUAAAGAGCUGCAAAUGCAGAAUGCUAUUUUUCAGAAAAAAGUUAUGGCAAGCUUGGAAGAAAACGGUAAACCAAGCAAGAGUAUUGAUGCAAGUCAAGUAUGUAACGAGAGCGAGAAAUCUUCACGAGAUACAAUAGUCCAGUUUAGGCGACGUCUUUUAAAAAAAAAGCAAGAGAACGAAACAACUCUGAAUAAAUCUCGUUUGGAGGAAUUAAAGAGACAACAUAGUCGAAUGAAUUCAGAAGAUGUUGACGAUGGUGUUGGUGACCAUACGGUCUGGAAAUACGAAAGUUGAAGACAAAUGAUUGAAAAUAAUGGCAUUUCAAAAUUUCCAAAAUUAGAUUCAACUCGUUUGUAUACAUCUUGCGUGUACGCGUAUUGUUUUUUAAAAUAUAACGACUGUCAUUAUAUCCGACUUAUAGACGGUAUUCAGUAGAAGUUGAAACAAUGCAAAAUCUUUUAUCAGGGUAUUUCACUGCAAAAAUUGGACUGUAUCCUCACUCACUAAAAAUAUAAUUUUAAGGUAGUUUUCACUUACUCGAAAAUUUGUAUAAGGAGUCAUAUCACAUUAAAUGAAGUAAUAAAGAUUUCGCAAUGGAAA